AUGUCUUCCACCGACAACGCGGAGUCCGGGGUGCUCGAGCCCAAAGACCACGAGCUGGGAGCCACGAGUUCUCCGCAGACCGCGCAACAAACACCCAGUGAGCCUUCGAAUGUUCCGGCUAAAUCGGGCCCUGUAUCUGACAGUAUCCCGUCAGACAACGCCCAGGCAGCCGAUACGGCGAACCACCCCGCAACCGGUGGCGAAAGCACCGCCCCCGUGACAGCAACGACUAGCUCCACCGUUACUCCUCCGACAGAUUCCAAUCUAGUUGUCGCGCAGACCCAGAAUACCGACCCGCCUUCAAUGGAUACCGAAGAACCUAAGAUGGGCGCCGAGCUCUCGGAGGAGCAGUCGGACCUUGAGGGAAAGGAGGUCGAGGACGCCGGGCCUUCGCUGGCUAUUACCUUGCUCUUGACAACGGGCGCGCGGCAUCCGUUUACCAUCGAUGGGAAAUACUUGCGAAAGCGCUCGGUCAAUGUCGAGAAUUACGAUCCGUUCGCCAUGAGCGUUUAUACAUUGAAGGAAUUGAUCUGGCGAGAGUGGCGAGCUGACUGGGAAACUCGUCCAUCGUCGCCAAGCUCAAUUCGUUUGAUCUCUUUCGGAAAGCUGCUCGAUGACAAGUCGCCUCUGGCUGACUCAAAAUUCAACCAUGAUGCCCCCAAUGUUGUACAUAUGACCGUGAAACCGCAGGAAGUGGUAGACGAGGAGGAUGCCAAGGGAUCCAAGUCUCAGUACAGCCAAGGACGGGAAGCCAGCGACCGCAGCCCUGGCUGUCGCUGCGUCAUUCUAUAA